GUGAUCAGUUGUUUCUUCCCAGGUUUCUUCUUGUAUUCCCAAACUACCAUUGAAAGGUCAUAACCGCAAAGGAAAGAAAUGAGAAUACAGUAAAUAUGGCUCAUGCAAGUGUGGCUUCUCUUACGAGAACAAUAGAAUCUCUCUUGACAUCCAAUUCACCGAUGCAAUCUCUAAUCUUUGAUUGCAGAGAAGAACUUUGCGCUCUUCAUGAAAAAGUUACUUCCCUGGAAGUAUUUCUCAAGAACUUUGAGAAAAACAAUGUUUUUGGAGAAAUGACGGAUUUUGAAGUAGAGGUAAAAGAAGUUGCAAGUGCUGUUGAAUACACAAUUCAACUGAGACUAACAAAAGCUGUACUGGGAGAAAAUAAAAGCAUCAUAGGAAUCAUCGGCUCAAGAUUUUUCAAGGGAAUCUCGAAUAUAUGGACACGCCAAAAGUUUCGUAAAAGCCUUCAACAAUUGGCAAAGGACAUUGAUCAUGUCUGGAAAGAGUCAACAAAGAUUCAAGAUAAAGGCAAACAAGUAUCAAAGGAAUCAUUGGUUCAUGAGUUUUCAAGUUCAACAAACGAUAUUCUGAAUGUUAACAAUAAUAUGGUUGGACGUGAUGAUCAAAGGAAACGGUUGGUAGAAUAUCUGACAGGAAACUACUCUGGUGAACCCAAAGUUAUACCGAUUGUUGGGAUGGGAGGCAUAGGUAAAACAACCUUAGCGAAAGAAGUUUACAAUCAUGAAUCAAUUCUAUGCCGUUUUGAUGUUCGUGCGUGGGCUACUGUAUCUCAACAGCACAAUAUAAAGGAAAUUUUGCUGAGCCUUCUGCAAUCGACGAUCGAAAUGAAUGACACAGUUAAGACGAAAGGUCAAGUAGAGCUAGAAGACAUGUUGCAGAAAAGUUUAAAGAGAAAGAGGUACUUAAUUGUCUUGGAUGAUAUCUGGAGUUGUAAAGUGUGGGAUGGCGCGAGACAAUGCUUUCCAACUGAAGACAAUGCAGGGAGUCGAAUACUGUUGACUACCCGUAACAAUGAAGUAUCUUGUUAUGCUGAUACAGAGAAUGUUUCUUUACGGAUGAUUCGGAUCGUGACAAUGAGCUUCAUGGAUCAAGAUGAGAGUUGGAGUCUUUUCAAAAGUGCAGCAUUACCAAGUGAAGCAUUACCAUUUGAGUUUGAGACUACUGGGCAGGAAAUCGCAGAGAAAUGUCAAGGGUUACCAGUAAUUAUAGUCGUGGCUGCUGGACUUCUCAAAUCUAAAAAGGCAAUAGAAGACUGGGAAAAUAUUGCGAAAGAUGUCAAGUCAUUUGUCACAAAUGAUCCUGACGAACUAUGUUCACAUAUGCUUGGGUUGAGUUACAAUCACAUGACUAGAGAUCUAAAAGCUUGUCUUCUGCAUUUCGGGUUUUUUCCAGAAGACAGUGAGAUACCAGCGAAGAAAUUGAUGAGAUCAUGGAUAGCUGAGGGGUUCCUACAGUUGGAAAAUGAUUUGGAAGGAGAGGCUGAGAAGUGUUUGCAAGAGCUUGUCGAUAGAUGUCUAGUCCUCAUCAGCAAGAAAAGUCGAGAUGGAACAAAAAUUAGAUCAUGUAAUAAGGUUCAUGAUCUAAUAUAUGACCUGUGCGUGAGAGAAAUUCAAAGGGAGAACAUUUUUAUCAUGAACGACUUUGUUCUUGAAUACUCAGAUUCAAAACGGCGAUAUCUCAGUAUGCAAAAAAUGCAGCCCUUUAAAUGCGUGACUGGUGAUAAAAUUGAUUAUUGUCCCUAUGGUCUUUAUAGGGCUCUUCUUACCCCUGUACAUCAUCAUGACAACAACGAUCUUUUGAAACAAACCUGUUAUGGAAUCUGCAUACCUCCAGUGCAAACUUGGGGAUUAAUGCAAUUAAGGCAUCUCAAACUGCCCGAAUUUUAUCUGCCAAAUCCCCCAAGCGAGGUUAUUAUGGGGAUUCAGAAUGUCAAAGAAUUAGGAAUCCGUGGAUAUGGGAUUUACUCUAAUGGGCAUCUCAACAAUCUUGUCCAUCUGCAGCAACUUGAAACAUUGAGUCUUAUAUAUUGUUUUAGUGGAUUUUUUCCAACAAUGAUCAAGAAGCUGAAGAUGGAAAGAACUUUGCUAAGUUGGUCAAACAUGGACAUCAUAGCUGAGUUGCCUAACCUUGAGGUGCUGAAGCUGAUGUGUAAUGCUUGUUAUGGCGAAGAAUGGCAUCCAAAUGUCAGGGGAUUUACUCGAUUGAAGCUUUUGUUAAUUGAAGAUAGUCCUCUCAAGUACUGGAAAGCCACAAAUGACAAUUUUCCUGUCCUUGAGCUCCUUGUGCUUAAAGAAUGCAGGUAUUUGAAAGAGAUACCCACUGAGUUUGCAGAAAUCCAUACACUACAACUGAUUGAGUUAACAAGGUGUCUUCCCGAACUUGGGGAAUCUGCUGCAAGAAUUCAAGAAGAACAACAAGACCUCGGAAACAACCCCGUCAAUCCAUGUAAUGCAGAACAUUUUCCAACAAUGCUCAAGAAGUUAAAACUGGUCGGAACUCGUCUAGCAUGGGAGGACUUGAACAUCAUAGGUAAGUGGCCUAACCUUGAGGUGCUGAAGCUGAAACCUGAUGCUUGCCGUGGAACAGAAUGGUAUCAAAUUGAAGCCACAAAUGAUCAUUUUCCUGCUCCCAAGCAUCUGGUGAUCAGACAUUCCCUUCAUUUGCAGGAGAUCCCUAUUGAGUUUGCAGAUAUUUACUCGCUACAACUAAUCGAGUUACAGAACUGUAGUGCAAAACCCGUGGCUUCUGCUAGAAGAGUUCAAGAAGAUCAAGAAUCCUUGGGAAGCAAAGCUGGGAAUGUUCGUUCUUACAACGAUCCAGCUGAAUGUGAACUUAGACGAAGUGAUUCUGAUUCCAACUGA